UGACGGCGGGGCGCGGCUGGCUUGGUGGGGGCGGGGGCUGCUCCUUAAAGGAGCCGUCAGAGGGUGCCCUGGGGCCCCUCGGCUUCUCCCCUUCUGCAGGGUGAGAAGGGGCCAGGGUGAGGAGCCGCUGCUGCCGGAGCUCUCGGUGGAGUGUGGGAAGGCAAUCUGGUGUUUUGUGACGUCGCAGACCUCACGGGCCUAGAAGAGGCAGCGGCAAGUGAGGACCUUGUCUGUGUGCCCCACUGCCCCCAGCCCCAGUCCCAGGCUGGCAUGACGUAGGCACGCAGAGUUUGUGAAUUAAUGUCUAUCCCGGGGCAGAGUCCAGGGUGGCUCAAGGCUCCUCCACACACGCCCGCUGAACCCUGAGCUCCCUGAGCUGCAGGGAUGGGGCGGGCUGAGGCCGCCGCCAUGAUCCCAGGCCUGGCCCUGCUCUGGGUGGCAGUGCUGGGGGGUGCUGCCCCCAGCAUGCCACGCCUUCGCCUCUCCUUCCAAGAGCUCCAGGCCCAGCACGGUCUCCGGACCUUCAGGCUGGAGAGGACGUGCUGCUACGAAGCUUUGCUGCUGGAUGAGGAGCGUGGGCGCCUGUUUGUGGGCGCCGAGAACCAUGUGGCCUCCCUCAGCCUGGACAACAUUAGCAAGCGGGCCAAGAAGCUGGCCUGGCCGGCCCCUGUGGAAUGGCGAGAGGAGUGCAACUGGGCAGGGAAGGACAUUGGCACUGAGUGCAUGAACUUCGUGAAGUUGCUGCACGCCUACAACCGCACCCACUUGCUGGCCUGUGGCACAGGGGCCUUCCACCCAACCUGUGCAUUUGUGGAGGUGGGCCAGCGGCUGGAGGAGCCCAUGCUUCGGCUGGACCUUCGAAGGCUAGAGGAUGGCAAGGGCAAGAGUCCUUAUGACCCCAGGCAUCGGGCUGCCUCCGUGCUGGUGGGGGAAGAGUUGUACUCGGGAGUAGCCGCAGACCUCAUGGGCCGGGAUUUUACCAUCUUCCGCAGCUUGGGUCAGCGUCCAAGUCUCCGAACAGAACCACACGAUUCCCGCUGGCUCAACGAGCCCAAGUUUGUCAAGGUCUUUUGGAUCCCGGAGAGUGAGAACCCGGACGACGACAAGAUCUACUUCUUCUUCCGUGAGUCGGCAGUGGAGGCCACGCCGGCCCUGGGACGCCUGUCUGUGUCCCGCGUUGGCCAGAUCUGCAGGAACGACGUGGGUGGCCAGCGCAGCCUGGUCAACAAGUGGACUACGUUCCUGAAGGCGCGGCUGGUGUGCUCAGUGCCCGGUGCUGAGGGCGAUACGAACUUUGACCAGCUCCAGGACGUGUUCCUGCUGUCCUCGCGGGAUCGCUGGACCCCGCUGCUCUAUGCUGUCUUCUCCACGACCAGCAGCAUCUUCCAGGGCUCCGCAGUGUGCGUGUACAGCAUGAAUGAUGUGCGCCGGGCCUUCCUGGGACCCUUUGCACACAAGGAGGGGCCCGUGCACCAGUGGGUGUCCUACCAGGGCCGUGUCCCCUACCCCCGACCUGGCAUGUGCCCCAGCAAGACCUUUGGCACCUUCAGUUCCACCAAGGACUUUCCUGAUGAUGUCAUCCAGUUUGCCCGGAACCACCCCCUCAUGUACAAUUCGGUCCUGCCCAUGGGGGGGCGCCCCCUCUUCCGACAAGUGGGCGCCGGGUACACCUUCACCCAGAUCACCGCGGACCGUGUAGCAGCUGUUGACGGAUACUACGACGUCCUCUUCAUUGGCACAGAUGCUGGCACCGUGCUGAAGGUGAUCUCCGUCCCCAAGGGUGGCCGGCCUAAUGCUGAGGGGCUGCUCCUGGAGGAGCUGCACAUGUUUGAGGACUCAGCUGCUGUCACCAGCAUGCAAAUCUCCUCCAAGAGGCACCAACUGUACGUAGCCUCUCGGAGCGGGGUGGCCCAGAUCCCGUUGCACCGCUGCGCUGCCCACGGCCGCGCCUGUGCCGAAUGCUGUCUGGCACGUGACCCUUACUGUGCCUGGGAUGGGGCCGCGUGCACGCGCUUCCAGGCCAGUGGCAAGAGGAGGUUCCGACGGCAGGAUGUAAGGAACGGCGACCCCAGCACACUGUGCACCGGGGACUCAUCCCAUCCUGCGCUGCUGGAGCGGAAGGUGUUCGGUGUGGAGGGAGGUAGCGCCUUCCUGGAGUGUGAGCCCCGCUCGCUGCAGGCGCGCGUGGAGUGGACCUUCCAGCGCGCGGGGGAGGCGGCCUACACUCAGGUACCCGCAGAGGAGCGAGCAGAACGCACGACGCGGGGCUUGCUGCUUCGCUGGUUGCGGCGUGGGGACUCAGGCGUGUACCUGUGCGCAGCCGUGGAGCAGGGCUUUUCGCAGCCAAUGCGUCGCCUGGCGCUGCACGUGCUGAGUGCUGCGCAGGCUGAAAGGCUGGCCCGUACCGAGGACGCUGCGCCCGUCGCGCCGCCGGGCCCCAAGCUCUGGUACCGGGACUUCCUGCAGCUGGUGGAGCCGGGCGGCGGUGGUACGAACUCCCUGCGAAUGUGUCGUCCGCAGCCCGCGCUGCGCCCACCGCCUCCCGAGUCGCGGAGGAAGGGCCGCAACCGGAGGACACACGCCCCAGAACCGCGUGCUGAGCGGGGGCCGCGCAGCGCAGCGCACUGGUGACUCGGCCGUCCUCACGCUGGGGACUGGAGAGGUGGCAGCAGCAGGGAGAGGGGGCGGUCAGACCCUGGGAAGCAGCUAGGGGCCCGGCACACAGCGGUUCCUGGUGGAGGGAAGACACAGACCCGACAGGCCCUGGCCAAGAGGCAGCCAUGCCGGCUUAUUUAUUAACAGAGAAUAAUCCUUGAAUGUAACCCCGAUAGGGGCGGCCCAGGCUGCGCACAGGGUCCAGCUGGUCAGGAGGAGGCAGAGAAUCAGGGUCCCCGAGCAACGACCUGGGUGGGGGAGGUGCCCAGAAUGCCCACCCUGGGGUAAGGGCCACCUCUUUGGGCAGUGAGCAGAAAGCUGUGAACAGGCUGGGGGGGGUGGGGGUGGGGCAGGCCGACUGUACUAAUGCAAUAAACAUGUUAUCAGCUGAAGCUGGAAUGGCCCCAUCAGACA